AUGGCUCAAGAUGCAAAACAAGCUCGGCGCCCAUGGCAAGGGAUAUUUUCCAAGAAGCCAGCAGGGCAUGGUUCCCCAAGCUCGGGCGAGGAGGAGAAGCAACCGCGGCCAGUAUGGAAUAUGGGAAUGUUGAAUGACAAGGAAACCAUUGAAGUUCCCGGAUCUGUCCUGCUACUUGCCCAGGGCCGCAAUGAGCCGUUGGGAUUAAGGAACGCGCCAGCAAGAACCUCGCAUUCAUCGCUGCCCACCGGCGUUCCUGUACCAGAGCCUCCACAUCCAGCUGCCGACGAGAAGAAGACAACGCAAGAUGGCCAGAUCAUCCUGGAUCCCCAACCGGAUGACUCGCACAAUGAUCCCCUGAACUGGGCUGUGUGGAGGAGAGAUUCUGCCUUGCUCUCGCUUGGGCUUUACUGCAUGAUAGGCGGUGGUAUCACGCCUUUGAUCGCGGCAGGCUUCACCAACGUGGCUGAAGAUCUUGAUGUUGCAGUGAGCCGAGUGUCACUAACCACGGGUCUCUACAUGAUGGGUUUGGGCAUUGGCUCCGUGAUAGCCUCGCCGACCGCCAUUCUCUACGGAAAACGUCCGGUUUACCUCUUUAGUGCCAUUCUAUGGAUCCUGUCCACUGUAUGGUGCGCUUUGUCGCCAAACUUCAUAUCUCUUAUCCUGGCCAGAAUUGUCCAGGGCAUCGCUGUCAGCCCAGUUGAGUGCUUGCCGUCUGCCACGAUUGCUGAAAUCUUCUUCCUGCAUGAGCGAGCUUUCCGUAUUGGAAUAUACACCUUGCUGCUGCUAGGAGGAAAGAACUUGAUCCCAUUGAUCAGCGCCGUCAUCAUCCAGAGUCUUGGAUGGCGAUGGGUCUUUUGGAUUGUCGCCAUAGUUGUUGGAUUUUCGGGUAUUCUCCUAUAUCUACUGGUUCCCGAGACCUUUUGGGACAGGUCUCCAGUUCCAAAGGACCGGCAGCCCAAGAAAAGGCCAAGCUUCUUCAGCAGGAGAUCUUCUCGCAACGUAGUACCACACCGGGCCCAUCAUGAGGACAGCCACCCGACGGACGCUGAGAAGGUGCUAUCAGAACCCGCUCACGACGGGAUUGAAGCUCUCCCUUCACCAACGCCAUCUCACCUUCAUCGCCACAAGGAUAUGCACGUAGGAUUUGCUCCUAGUACUAGGGCGCCAUCUGAGGAAAUUCAACGCGACGGCGAUGUGGCUCACAUAUCGGAGGCCGACCAUAAAACAUCGGACACUCUGCGCCCAGAAGACGCAAUCACUCCAAACCCCCAGUCGCCGCAAGAUGAAAAGCUCCAAGGGCAUCUUCAUCCGGCUGGCUAUUCACGACAUGACGACAUCUCCCGCGCUGAGGCAGGAGUUGCGACCCCGGACACAGCGAGCGAGAGUUUAUCACUGAGACACGUUGCUACUCGAGGACAAGUCUACACUCAUAAUCUGCGCGCGGCGCCCGCCAAAUCGUUCCGCCAGCAGCUUCAAAUUCACCACGGUAGACUCAACAACGACAAAUGGUGGAAAGUGGCUCUCCGUCCCUUUGUCUUGUACGCAUAUCCGGCCGUGCUGUGGUCAGCGGCCAUCUAUUCGUGCUCCAUUGGAUGGCUCAUUGUCAUCUCCGAGUCGGUUGCAAUCAUUUAUCGCGAGGGCAGUUACAAGUUUGGUGCCCUUGCCACGGGUCUGGUCUAUAUUUCGCCAUUCAUCGGCGGUAUUCUCGGUACAGCUGUUGCAGGUCGCAUCAGCGAUGUAAUCGUCAAGGCCAUGGCACGCCGCAACGGUGGACUAUACGAGCCCGAGUUCCGUUUGGUCAUGGCGGCACCAAUCGCCGUCACAACCGUCAUUGGCCUCAUGGGUUUCGGGUGGUCGGCCGAGGUUCAUGACCACUGGAUCGUACCAACGGUGUUUUUCGGAGUCGUGUCGUUUGGCUGUUCGCUGGGAUCCACAACGUCCAUUACGUUUUGCGUUGACAGCUAUCGACAGUAUGCCGGUGAGGCGCUGGUCACGCUCAACUUUAGCAAAAACAUCUUCCACGGCCUGGUCUUUAGUCUCUUUGUCACUGGCUGGCUCGAGACUGAUGGCUCAAAGUCCGUCUUCAUGUGGAUCGGCAUUAUACAGCUGAUAUUUGUCUUUUCGAGCAUCCCAAUGUACAUCUACGGCAAGAGAGCGAGAAUGUGGACAGUAAGACGAAAUUUGAUGGAAAAAUUCUAG